ACCAGAAAUCAGAAUCCAAAACUAACCUGUUUUAUUUACUCACAUUGUUACUCAUUGUUAAUUAUUACCCUUCAAUUAUUUGAUUUAACAAUGCCACCAAAAUGUUCAGCAAAUUGUCCCAAUAAAGCAAUACUAAAGCGACCUAAAACUGGAGAUGCACUGUGCAAAGAAUGUUUUUUCCUGGCCUUUGAGACAGAAAUUCAUCACACAAUAGUUAAUGGUAAAUUAUUCAAACCUGGGUACAAAGUUGCAAUAGGAGCAUCAGGUGGCAAAGACUCAACUGUCUUGGCUUAUGUUCUUAAAGUUUUAAACGACAGAUACAAUUAUGGGCUUGAUUUAUUUUUGUUGUCAAUUGACGAGGGAAUAACAGGUUACCGAGACGAUAGUUUGAAGACAGUCGAGCAGAACAGAGAUGACUAUCAAAUGCCUCUAAAAAUCCUAUCUUACAAGGACCUCUACGGCUGGACAAUGGACAAAAUAGUCGAACAAAUAGGCCGUAAAAAUAAUUGUACCUUUUGCGGGGUAUUUAGACGCCAAGCUUUAGACCGUGGUGCUGCUCUUCUGGAGGUUGAUUGCAUCGCUACUGGACACAAUGCUGAUGAUAUUGCAGAGACUGUUUUGAUGAAUAUUUUACGGGGAGAUAUUGCUAGGCUUGAGAGAUGUACGUCAAUAAUUACGUCUGGUGAAGAUACAAUAAUGCGUUGCAAGCCACUGAAGUACACUUACGAAAAGGAAAUAGUAAUGUACGCCUACUACAAACAGCUCGUUUACUUCUCAACAGAGUGCAUAUUCGCGCCGAAUGCGUACCGCGGACACACGAGGACUUUUCUGAAAAAUUUGGAAAAAGUAAGGCCAUCCUCAAUCAUUGAUAUCAUCCAUUCAGGCGAAAGGUUGCAGGUCAAAGGGACUGUGAAGAUGCCUGAGCGAAGACACUGCAGUCGCUGCGGAUUCGUGUCCAGUCAGGAAAUUUGCAAGGCUUGCAUCUUGCUGGAAGGAUUGAAUCGCGGAUUACCUAAGCUAGGUAUCGGAAAAUCUCAACGUGCUAUGCAGCUUCUGACUAAGAAUAAAGAAAAAUCUGUUGAAUUUUAGAUAGUUAAAUUUGUAAAUAAAGAUU